AUGCCGGCUUUCGGCCAGCCCCUCUACAGAUCCUCGUUCGCACACACGUUUGCCCUUUAUGUCAACCGAACGAUUAACUGGAACCUUAACCGGUUCUUUGUCACCCCGGCGUCACAACAGAACUGCAUAACACGGACUGUGCAGCGGUCCGCCCAAGAAGGCGAUAGUUUCAGCAUGUUCCGCAUGGGUACACGGUGCCGUCAUCGCGGCGACCAAAAAUACGGUGACGCAGCCGAUUAG